CCCACAAUAGGCACAUUUACUCUCCACAAGAGUGGCGUGUCCUCUGUCCUCGGGACUGUGAAAUGCUCCGACUCCCGGCAUGGACACGAUUUUGAUCAGCACACAGGUAGCACGUUGUAGCACACCCAGCUUCGUCCUGUUCCCUGCUGCCUAUUGAAGCGGGAUACUCGCCAACAUCCUGCAAGGUUGCUGCAUCGAGAAUUUACCGGAGGCCGCUCACACGCAUCGCAGACGCUGGACGUGAUCAAGACCAUCAUGCUGAACGACAAGCAAAAACAUGAUGUGAUUGACGCCGUCAAUGUGGAUUUCGACAUUCCUUUGAUCUCGGAGGGAAGGGAAAGGGGAAUUAUCGAGAAGUUCGUCGACCAGGCGGUGCCCGCGAUGGAACCAUCGCUUUCGGCGCUCAUGCCACCCGCGUAUAUGGAUCUGGUCAAGGUCGCGCUGGACGAAACCCUUACGGCCGCCGAAAGGAAGGAACGCAUGUCCGAGCUGCUACGUGGCGAGCUGGCCGUUCCGCUGUCGAAGCAACUCAACGAGCGCGUGGACUGUUCGUACAUCCCGGAGAGCAUGGAGGGCAAGGUUCUCAAGGUCGUGGCCGAAAAGAUGGUCAACGAAAUCGUUGCGGCGGCCGUAAAAUCGGACUAAGGAGGCCAGGCAGAAUUAAGUGACCACACCGGCAAGCUUGGCUUCGUCAUUCUCGCUUGACCACGGCAGCAUUCAUGUUGUCCUUGUGUGGAGUUUUGUCGUUCAUGUCGACGAGGCAACAGCGGGAGUAGAAGCCACGUGCGGGCCUACUCUCAAGUAGGACGAAGGGGGGCCGAGAAACACCUGGACUCGUUGCCCCGUACAAGUAGGCCUUAUCGAAGAAGCUUUAAGCCUAGGAGGAGGCGGUGACCGUACUGUUGUUUGCCCACGCGAGUGGGCCAAGAAGGUUCAUCACAUUUCUUUGUGACGACCGAGGUUUGGUCGACAUGUUUCAGUCUCUAUCGGCUGCCUAUACCACCCUCCGUAGGGUGUGCCGGGGGUACGGGCUGACGAGGCAGGCACCCUCUUAUUGAGGCUACCGUGGCACGUUUCAUGGGAUGUCCCUUGACGUUACUGUGGGCUGCCCACGAAUCGCCAUAGGGCUAGGGCCACCCCACAGGGGCCGACACAGGCUGAUCGCGACCCCUGGCCCCCCUUGGGCGGCCCACCGGACCCACUGUAGGUUCUUUUGUAUUUUUGCACUCACGGAACAUCCUGGUCGCCCGUAGUUUGGGGGUGGCGGACAAUGGGCGGCCCGUGAGUCGCUUGAUCGAAGCGUAUGUAUGCAUAUGUCACAAUCAAUUGGCGAGACUGU